GGCCGCCAGAUGGCAGCCUCCUCAGUAAACACCCCGGGGCCGACCACCACUGACCGCUGUGACACUUCUUGAUUAGUUUUUCAUAUAUCAAGACAUUACAGAUUUAAAUGGGCAACGACUUCAUAGAUCCUCCACAAGGAGAGGGGGGUGUCCAGUGGUCAUCUCAACAAGAUGUAGGUGAAACUAUUCAAACUCCUGAGGUGCCACAGCCUGGGGCCAGAUCUGAAGCAACACCAGAAACUGGCACACCUGAUGAAAGAGAAGAUUGUAGAGUAAAUGUGGAGGAGACCGUGUCUAGUGCGAGUAGUCAAGAGCACAUUCCUCCUCAACUCUCAUCAUCUGUAGAUCACCAGCUUCCCUCACCACCACCAUCCCUACCAUCUUCACAUUUCUCACUAUCAUCCCCUAUCCCUUCCCUGUCUCCCACACUAUCCUCUCCAGGAAACUCUCUUUCGACCUCACCACCUCAUCCAUAUCACCGGAGUGCCAACAUCUCUGUUGAGGAGCUUAAUGAACGUGCAAUGCAAGAUAGUGAAAACAAUAAUGUGGAUGAGAACAGCAAUGACCAGCAGUAUGACCGCUAUGCAGAUUACCAUCAUGAAUUUAACCAUCACCAGGUUUUGCCAGACCAGUCCGUCAGACCUCGAGUUAGAAGACAGCAGAAUGAGGGGGAUGAACCGGAUCGUGCUUAUGUGACCUAUGAAAACACCUUCAGGAGAAGAAUUGGAAACAGUAACCUCUCACAUCGUAGAAACUUAUCAGAAGAUCGUACUUAUUCUGGUGCUACUUCCUAUGAUUAUGAAGAUACUUAUAAUUACCCACCUUUACCAGAUCUCAAUUCCUCCUCAGGUUCAGAUAGGUUACCUAAUCUUAACAGUAAUAGGAAUGAACACUUUGAUCAUCCAUACAACUGUCAACAAAGAGAGUUGGCCUCAGCACAGUCUCGAAGUAGAUGGCACCCACUAAAUUUAAGGGGUGGAGGUUUUGGACCUCAACCACCACCACCCUGUGAAGACCUUGCACAGGGUGCAGAGCAUCUGUUGAUAAACUUUACUUAUGAUGCCUUGCAGAGCAACCAUUUGGAUGUACCUGAAUCUUUUAACAAACAACAAAGAAUGCCUGACUACCUUAGAGCUGGCAAGGAAUUGCGGUUGAUGGCAGACGUGUUUGCUAAAACUGAUGAAAGGAAGAGAGUAUUGUGCCUGGCUCAAACAGUAAACAUGAAGACCAUGACUAUGAAUAAUUUUCUACUUCUUUGCUCUGAACUCUUUAAAGAUGGGAUAACUCGGGAGCGAAUUGUUGCGCUGUUUACCUUUGUGGGUGAUGUUGCUGUCCAUCAGGUACGACUACAAGGACAGGAGUUUCUACAGUUAUUGAUGCAGUGGUCACUCAAGUAUUUGGUUGACAAUAUUUGCAAAUGGGUACAAGACAAUGGUGGUUGGAUUGUUCUGCUGAACUCUGGAGCAAGUAUCAUGUUCCGGACUGCUGUAUUUGUAUUCUGUGUGUUUGGAUCAGUAGCCGCUGGUUUGUUUAUAUACAAAACUUAUAAAGAUUGGUAACAUUGGUGAUGCACUAGGGAGUGAUAAUUCAUCUUUACCAUCAUCAUCAAAUUUCUGUAUUCAUAUUUUUUUUUUCACUUGUCAGCAUUAUCAAAAUAUUUAGAAAAAGUGGCAAUUUCAUUCUGUAUAUAACUGAAAGGCAUAUUUCUUAGCUUGUAAUUUUGUAAGAUACAAUAUUUUGUGACACUUCAAGGCAUUCAGCUUUUUAAGUACAAUUUAUUUUUAAACUAAUUAGUGGACAAAAACAUAUAAAGUUAAUCUUUUUCAUAAUACCCACCUGUAGUAGAUAAUAAUUUUUGGCAGUCUUAUUUUGGAUGACGGUAAUUUAUGUGAUAGAGCUUGAAAAGAAUGAAGGAUGAAAACAUGCUGUGAAGACAAUUCAUAAAACAAAUUCUAACAUUCAUAUUUGGAUCCUGUCCAUUUCCUCUUUUCUGGUAGAACAAUCUUCAAAGUACAGUGUAGAGUUUCCAAAGAAAGUUGGUGGAGUUACAGUAACAUCUAAUCAAGUUUUUAAAAAGUUGUUUGGAUGAGAGGUGCUGGGGUUAGAAAUACAUAUAUUAAUGUACUCUAUGUUUUUAGUUUUAAGGUUUAAAUUAAUCUGACCAUUAUUUAUAUAACUUUCUUUCCGAAUCUCUGCUAUUAAUGAUAGUGGUGUGAUGAGGUUUUCUUUAAUAAACGAACUGUGUACAGUACCUAUCUUCUCAAAAUUCAACAUUGCUGUUAGCAAAAUAAUUUUUUGCAAAAUGUAUUGGAUACACCUAGUACUGUACAGGCGUGGACAAAGGUUUGCUCCCUGUGGUUAAAGUGGGUCAUGGGAAUGAGUCUUCAAACUGACUUAGCCUUAUUGUCAUCUGGUGCAGGUGUGCUGUUUUAUCUCACUUGGGGUCAAUACUACCUCAUUUUGGGAGGGAGCAAACUGUUGACCCUGACUGUACAUCACUUUAAACUUUUUAUGAAUCGACCAUUUAUAUAUUACAACCAAUAUUCUCUCAUAUACUGUAUGUAGUCACUCAUAUGGCCCUCUCCAUGUACUGUUACUUACAUAGUGCAGAUAUAUCAUAGUAAAAUUUUAUUUUAUCUUCUGGUUGCCAGAACAUUCUGGUAACACGAAUGUUAACAUACACCAAAUAAAAUUUUGUUGAUAACUGUUCCAUGUGUGUGUGCAUGUGUGUUAUUAUUUUUGGCUGCCAUUUCAAGUUCAAUACACUAUAGAAAUAGUGACAUGCUGCUCUGGAUUAUAGUAAACCAUUUUCUCAAAAGGAUAAGCUUGAAUUUUUAAAUGAAAUAGAGUUAGACAGCAUGUCUUGUGUAUUGAACAGCAAAUGCUGGCUUUGUUUCCCUAUGUUCCUAUUCAUAAUGUUGUGUUCAGUAUUCUGCAUGCACUGUUUUUGCAAUGUUUUUUGUUUUUUCAUUUAUACUUAAAUUUAUUCCUUAAUUCUACUCUGCCAUGCUUUAAUUUCCUUUUUUCUCUUCUCAGAAACUGUCAUACUUUUUUUUAUAUACUGUAUACUGUAUAAUAUAUAUAGGGCUCAGAAACCGAAAAGCGACCACAACACAUUGUGGUUGUUUGGAAAAUAACCAGAAGCGAGAUUUUGCUAUAGGUUAGUUUGGAUUGGGUUAGGCUAGGUUAGUUUGGAAUGGGUUAGUUUAUGGUAAACUCCAAAUGCCAAAUUUCACUUUCUGGUUAUUUUGAAAACAACCACAACUUGUUGUGGUCGCUUUUCGGUUUCUGAGCCCAACAUACAGUAUAUAUUAGUUCCUUGACCCAGCAAUGAGAUGUGGUUUUACUAGAGGUGUUUUUCAAUCUCUUUCCACUGGUGAUACAAUUUCUUGUGCAAAUGUUUCAUUUUUUAAUUAUGACCCCUUUCUCCUUCAAUAAUAAUAUUGUACAGUACUCUACACAGUGGAUAGGACUUUUGAAUAAGAGGGAAUAUGUGGGAUUAAAGCAUGUAAAACUAAACAUUUUACCUCGUUUUUAUAAACUUUUAGAGUUAAAGUGUGUAUUUCACUGUUCUCAGCAGCUGGCAGCUUUUUUCCAAAGGCCCAGCCUCACCACAGAAAGUUGCAAUAGUGUUACAAACACUAAUCUAACCAAGCCUAGCCGAGAGCAUUACAACCCAUUUUUUAUGUGCUGUUACCCAUAUUUUCCCCUCUUCUUCAUAGCCUUGCCCUCUUUGUGGGGUAUUAAUAUUGAAGGAGAAUGGAGCCACAAUUAAAAAAUUUAGCACUUCCACAAGAAACAGUUAUCACCAGUGGAUAGAGAAUAAAAAAAAAUUGUAUUUAAAACUCUUGUUUCAUUGCUGGGUCAAGAAGCUGGUGUUUUCUGUAUACAGUACAGUAUUAGCCUUAUAAUUUUUCACUACCAAACAUGAAAGCCUUACAGUUCCCUCUAAAAAAAAUUAUCUUCGCCAAAUAUUCUGUUUCAGUAGUCAAAUGAUAAUAUGAUAGAAUUAGAUUCAGUAGAUGGAUGCUAAUUUUUUAACUUAUUUAACCCUUAAAACUUUCAUUCCUAUACAUUAUAUACAUGGACUACCCAAGUGAUGGCUAGUGCCAUCCCCAUUUAUGUAUGGAGCAAUAAUUCCAAUUUUCCCACAAAUUGCUGGUGUUUUGGAAGUUUAUGAAAAUGACAAAUAAUAGUUGGCAAUCCAGGCCUAUUGUUAGGGAGUUCAAGAGAGGUCAGAAAGCAGUUAGUAUUGUUUCAGAUAUGGAGAAAAUUUUUGUCUUCUCAUGUUUUCUGAGAAUGUGGUGUUAAGUGGAUGUUCUUGUAUAAGGUGAAUAAAUAUUAUGCUAUACCAAAAAGUGAGUGAAUUUAUAUAAGUGUAUAAUAGUAAAACAUAUGUACUCCUCCUCACUCACUGAGUGUGUACCUCCUCCACAUUCCAUUGCUGCUGUUUGUUUCAAAGAAAUUUUAUUUGUGAAAAUACUGAAUGUGUAUAUAGUGUAUGUGCACUGUAUAAGUAAAUAUCAAAAUUAUUGUAACAUGUGCCACAGUUUAAACUAGAGACAAUAUUAUGUGUGAAUAACAAAAUAUUAAAUUUGUAGGAGGACAAUAUUGCCUGUGAGACUUGGUUCCAUAUGCCACCUCACAAGGACACUGGACAAUUACUGUAAAUACUGCACAGAACUUUUUUGUUCUCUCUUUUUACAUAAUUACAUAAUUUUUAACUUAAAAUAGAGAUAACUUAUUUCCAACAUAUAUCAUUAUAGAAUCAUCAUAUUCAACACUGAGCACAUUAAGGGGUUGAAUUUGUGUACUGUAUAUAGUAAUUUAUUGUUAGAAGUGGGACAUUGAUUUGCAGGUCAUGAAACUGGGAACUUUCAGUGCAUGGGUGUAAAGUUUAAUAAAAUAUUGCCUCAUGUUGAUGGCAUAAUACUGAUGAAGUCACAUUACAGUUCAGUACAGUACAGUAUAUAGGGUUUAUGCACAAGAUUAGCUAAUUUGGACUUUGAACACUUAAGAUUUUUUGGGGUUACCUAAUUUUUGGGAUGAACAGGGUUUUUUUUAAUCCAGAAUUGAAAGUAAUUUAAGUUUAAUUUAUCUUAAAGAGUGAAGUGCCAUGCAGUUAAUUUUUUUUUUUUUUUUUAUUCCUUAAAAUGUUUUGGGUUAAGUUUUGCAUGUCACCAGCCUGGUAUCAUUAUUAAGCACGGUUGAUGUUUAGAAAAUUUUUUAGGUAUUUAUUUAAUAACUGGAAGCGGUGAGUUUAUUUAAAUGUUAUUUAUGCAAAGAAGAUAAGCACUGCAGUUAUAUUUGUGCUCUCACGGUUCUGUACAACUACCCGGUAAUUAAAUACUUUUAAAUUGUGAAUUCUGCUGUGAUGCUGUAAUUACCACUUGUACAGUACAGUAAUGUAAAUCCUUAAAACCAUCUUUUUCUAAAGCUUCUUGAGGUUUAAGGAUCACAAAAAAAAAUGUAAUAGAUAAUUUGCAAUUAUGCUUUUUACCCAAACCCAGGAGACCUAGAUUAAUAUUAUUUGGUAUUGUUCAUAAUUUAAGUAAAGAUAAAUGCAUUUCAAAGGCAGUGCUUACCAUUACUGUUUUUAAAAGUGUAAUACCUCAGUACUGUACAAUUGUCUUUAAUUAUUCUGUAUACAGUACAGCAUUGUCUUUUCAACUGUAUACAGUAUUACAGUACAGUAUAUGCCAUUCUUCUCACUCUUAGAGAAGAAUGUUGUACUGUACAUUAUACAUUUAUAAAUUAUUGUUAUUAUUGGCAAAGUGUUAAAUUCCAAGUGUUUCACUUUUAAAUGUACCCCCUAAUUUAUUGUUGGAAAUAUUAGUUUUAUGAUGAUUGAAGUUACGGGAAAAUCUGAAUGUGGUAUGCUGUACUGUAUAUGGUAAAUGGCACUUAUGAAGGAUGCAGAGAAACAUUUAUUUCUUAAAUAUCAUAAACAUACUUUUCCUAUAUACUUUAUUCGUGUGUGUCAAACAAUCACAGGUGCUCAUAUAUAUUCACAUGUUUGCCCACUUACUUGGUCAUUCAUUUAUUUUUUUACUCUUUCCUUCUCUCAGAAUGGGUUGUGUAUGGACAUAUUAAAAAUUUUAUGACCCUCGGGUUUUAUUUUUUGUUAAGAACACUUGCUUGGCCAUACAUAUUGAUGUACCUGUACAGUAUUUGCUUUUGUAAGAGAAGUUUUGUUGCGUGGAAGGCAUUGUUGAAUGGGGGGUUAUUUGAGUAACAUUUAAAGCUAUAAAUUUAUAUUGCAUGGAAAUGUAAGGAGAAUAUGCAAACAAUAGUAUUUACUAACACCAGUUUUCAAAUAGAGAAAAUAUGGUUUCUAAAACUAUUACAUAUACUAAUAAACAUAAAAGAGACAGGAAGGCCCUAUAAUAAAUAAAAGUACAGUAUCAUAAUGUUCUGAUCAUUCUCUGCUAUACUGUACAAUUAAAAAAAUACCAAAGGAAUAGUGAAAAUAGAAGGCUGGAAUAGGUAGAGAAAUGAAUAAAGCACAAUCAAGAGAAUGAGACAAUGGCAAGGCCAGAAGAAAAUUCUGAGGCAGACAGGAGGGAACAGACAAACUGUCAGAUAUUAUGGUGUAUCAUCUUGAGACCUACAGUUAAGUUAAUAGGUAGACUGUACAGUGAAAAGCAGACUCUAGUGCAGUACUGUAUUAUAAUGUUCAGUUUUAGUGUAUUUUGUCAGCAUAUAUUUUUGUACAGGCUGUGCAUUGUUAUUAUUGGCAUCUUUGUAAAAUUUUCAACUCUUCACUUGAUAUUUCUAAUGCUUGUUAAAAAAAAUUCAUACCACAUGUAUUUAGUUAUAUGUUAGAAAAUAUUGUAAAGCAGUAUAUUGUAACUCAGCAUUUUUACUUUGGCAACAUUUCUUUGUGCUUAUAAUAACUAAUUUAACUCUUGUCUCUUUUACUGCAUUACAUUAUAAGUACUAAAAUUCAUCAGAAAUGCAUUCCAACCAUUUACUAUGUACAAUGUAUAUAUUCAGUUAGACAUGUCAUUAUUUUACAGGAUUGCAAUUAUAUUUUCUUAAUUUCUUGAACCAAGAGAUCAUUAAAGGAGAAUUUGUAAAUGUGCAAUAUUGUUUCAUGAAUUUAGGUGAUGGUGUGAGAAGUUUACUUUUGAUCUCCUCUAAUAAUGGUUGUAGUUACUUCCAUCAUACUUGUAUUUGUAAGGUUUAAGUCAUUGAGUGUCAGUGCGAUGUUAUCAAAACUAGGAUCUUAAUACCCCAUGGGCUCAAAGCUUGAUUCUGCUUUUCUCACCUAAGCAGCUAGAUCUGAAAUAAUUAAAUUAUGAAGCUAAUCGUGCCUUUGCUCAUAGUGUACAGUACUCCUUUAUUAUGGUUGUGCCAUCUCCCUCUCACCUGAAUUUCAUAAUGGUACACUUAUAGGUAAACUUUCCAAAUUUUGCUUGAUAAUACACUUCUUAAUGAGAGUUUGAUGCUCACCUAAGGCUAAUUUUGACAACUCUCAAAGCCACAAAUGGUAAUUUUGUUGUGUUCUUGGAAUCAUGCAUGCUCUUAAUAUUCUUCCCAAUUUAUUAAUUCAGGGAAAUCUUAUGGUAGUUUUCAGUUAUGUGCACAAGCCUCUCUUCCUUCGUAUAUGGACAAUUUUGGUGUUUAACACAGAGCUUUAAAAUGCAUGUGCUCUGCCUAAUCAUGAUUAUUAUUCUUUCGGUCAUCUCAUUGAUUUUUCAAUCAAAAUAUGUUGCCUAUGUAGGGUAUAUUACCCCUGUUUUCAGUCAUAUAAAUUGAGAGCUGUAGAUGAAAAUUAAUUACUUGAGCAUGAUGUAUCAAAGCUAUGGUUGGCUGAUGAGAAGAAUAUGCAGAUAAGUUUUCUGCUCCUCAUUGGGUUUGUAAAGUGAAAGUGCUUACUGUAUGAAACCAAAUAGGAGUUGAAUAAACAGUUGUUACUAUGCAUUUUUAGCGUGAUGUGUUUGAAAUUUACAAAUAGAUUUUAAAUGCCUAUACUGUAUACUGUACUGAAAUGAUGAAAGUAUGUGGUGUUUAUGGUGGUAUACCCAGAGUGGGACAGUCUCAUAAAUAUAUUUUGAAUAAUACAAAACCUUAUACAAGAUUCUCUUUGUCCUUUUGCUCAUAAUAUAUAUGAAGAGCGGUAGAACAACAUUUGAUCAGUGCCUUACUCUAGCACUAAAGUGUACUUUGAUGUACUAGAUGACUUACAGCAUGAUGUCUGUGUAUAAAGUUGUAUCUGAAAUUCAAAUUUUGGAAAUAAGUAAUUUUGUUGUAUGUUUUAUGAGAAAUACUAAGUAAUUUUGUUGUAUGUUUUAUAAGAAAUAAGUAAUUUUGUUGUAUAUUUGAUGGGAAAUAUGUAAUUUCGUAUAUUUUAUGUAAAUAACCAAAGUUAAUUGUUAAAGAAGAAUUUUUUUCUUUUACAUGACAAAUGUAAGCAAAUCAUAACCUCUAUACUGUACUGUAUUAGGUAAAGUUAAUUUUGCCUCAGAUUAUUUGAUAAUUGGAAAUUUUUUAGCAUUUUCAUUUUAGUUUUGUUUACAAAUUUAAUUUACUACAUAUUUUAUGUACAUAUACUGUAAGUAAAGUAACCUUAAACUUAUUUUCACAUUUCUGAUGAAUUUUGUAGCUGCAUGGUCUUUAAGAAUAUGACCGAAUCAAGAAUUGUUCACAGGGGUUUGAAUAUUUACUCAACAAUAAAGCCAUAAUUUAUAA